AUGUCUAGCGAGGUCGAGCAGUUGUCGCUAGUCGAUCAACAGGCCCCGGAGUGCGCCAAUGUCGAAGAGGACGAUCGGGUGCGGCACAGCGAGUGCGUCAACAUGAAGGAGGUCGCUCUGCACGAGUUGCUGCGGCAGUUGGGCUGCGCGGGCGAUAGCAAUGGUCGAGUUGCUCACAACCCCAGCGGCACUUUCACAUCCUCGUCCGCAUCUUGCUUGCCGCCUGAAAUUCUGGAUGCGCUGCUGCACUACCUGGUGGGACAACAGGAAGACAUUCAGCAACUCACUGCACGGGCACAACUUCUAGACGAGCAGCACGCGCGCGACGCGGAAAAGAUGGAGCUCCUCAAUGAGCGAACAGAAAGGCUGAAGAAGACAGUGGCCACCAUGUCUGCCAAGAGCUCGGCUGAUGUGAAGGAGUUCCGGGAGUACUUGGAGCAGAACGCGUGCGCCAAUAAGCAGCGCCAACGCGAGCUGGUGGACUUGUCCCGCAAGCGCGAGAAGCUAGAGUUGGAGGUGAAGCGGGCCCGAAUGGAGGUAGAUCGACUCCGCAAGAUAUCGAAGCGGGUUCGGUAA